UUUUCUUUUAUAAUAAGUUUUAUAGUACUUUAUUUUAUUCCUUUUUUAGAUAUUUGAUAUGUAAAUACAUAUUAGAAAGCUCACCAAAGCGUGACGGAUACAAUUAUUUAGCACCAUUUUGAGUAUUAUAUUUUGAGAAAAAAUUUCUUUGAAAUGGCCACAGCAAGAGAUCUCCCACCAUUUUGAGUAUUAUAUUUUGAGAAAAAAUUCCUUUGAAAUGGCCACAGUAAGAGAUCUCCUAACAGGGGAUGUGAAGACAGAGAAGGGUCGAUGUAAAAGAUCCAGUGCAGAAAUCGAGCCUCCAUACAUGUCUGAGCUGAAGAUUGUGCUGCUGGGGAAGUCUGGAGAACUGAAGGGUAAAGUGGGAAAUAUCAUCCUGGGCAGUGAGGUCCUUUCAGUAGGAGAUCAGUGUGAGAGGGCACGAGGUCUGGUGAAUGGGAGGCCUGUGGCUCUGAUCAACACUCCAGACUUACUGGACCCUGAGCUCCCUGACAGGAAAUUAUUCUAUCAGAUAGAGAGGUGUGUUACCCUGUCUGCCCCAGGUCCUCAUGCAUUUCUGCUGGUGCUGGAGAAGGUGGGGUUUACAGAGGAUGAUAGAAGACGACUAGAGAGAAUCCUGCACUCUUUCAGUGAUGAGGCCUUUAAGUACUCAGUGGUACUGCUCAUACAGGCGAGUAAAAAAAACUUGGUAAUCCUGUUAGUGGAGUUGUGCAAAAGUGUGGUGGAAGGAGUCGCAAAUUAA